UUGAUGUAAAAUUUAGUUUCGCGAAGACCACACGAUGCGUGGACGUGCGUUAUUAUUUCGUAUUUAUUAUUUUUAAGAUGUAAACAAAGAGUUGUUAGUGAAAACAUCAGUCGAAAUGGCGAUACUUAUGCUUAAUAGUUCCUCAAAGGUGUUUUUCGUGCUGUGUUUAGUUUUCAAAAGUGCUGUGUCCAAUGAUUUUAUGAAUCAUUUACAAACGAGUCAUCAAAAUGUGCAUUGCACCCAUGAACACCCUAAAGCAGAUCAAGUAAUAAGGGGUGUCCACAUAGAACCAGCUCAUAUAGUUAGGAAAAGAAGUAUAGACCAACCGUUAAGAAUUAGUAUAUUUUAUGACCACUCUGUAUAUAGGUUAGAGCCCAAGAAAUUUGAAAUGAUCAAUAACACGAUCUUACCUGAAGCCGUCAAGUUCUGGGAAGAAGCACUUAAAGUAAGGAAAACUGGGGGACCAAUUCUGCUGAAUAGAAAAUGCCCAACGCGUCAAGUAUUCAUCCGUGGUGGUAGAUCGCACUGCAUAGACUCCUGCAGUGCGGAAACCAUGUGUGGGGAAGUGAAGGUACCGGAGCAUCAUCUCAAUCCAUGUCUGGUGUGCAACAGCACGGGCCACGACUGCCGUGAGCUGCCGCGGGACAAACUUAUACUAGACGAUGUGACUGCUGCGGAGGCCACGGUGAACGAGGCGGGACAGGAUACAACAGCGACAGAGAAAGGAGAAGAAGCAGAAGAGAGUCAGGAGGAGACGCUGGGAGUGGAGAAUACAGACUUUGUGCUCUACGUGAGCGCGGUGGAAACGGAGCGGUGUCGGCGCGGCCUCACCGUAGCUUACGCUUCACAUUGCCAGCAAGAGGCUGCUUUGGACAGGCCUGUAGCCGGGCACGCGAACUUCUGCCCGGGCGAGUUGUCCACCAAGUACCGUGACAUGCCGUCCGUACUGUCAACUGUCAAACACGAGAUGCUGCACGCGCUGGGGUUCAGCGUGUCACUGUUCGGAUUUUACAGAGAUGAAAACGGUGAUCCGCUGACGGACAGACGGCCGGACACCGGAAAUCCGCCGUUAGACGAAGAGCUCCAAAUACACAAGUGGUCGGAUCGCGUGGUCAAGAAUAUAACAAGAAAGCGAUGGAUGAUCCGAGGCGGUUAUAUGGAGAGGACUUUCCAUAUGAUUGUCACUCCCAGAGUGGUUCAAGAGGUGAGGAAACACUUCAACUGCUCGGAGCUGGAGGGCGCGGAACUGGAAGACCAAGGUGGAGACGGUACUGCGCUGACGCAUUGGGAGAAACGAGUCUUUGAGAACGAAGCUAUGACUGGAACACAUACCCAGAACUCAGUUUUUAGUCGGAUAACCUUCGCCAUGAUGGAGGAUACAGGCUGGUACCGGGCUAAUUACGACCACGCCGCGCCGUUGCACUGGGGCCGCGGGCUGGGCUGCAACUUCGCUAUGGCGUCCUGCAAGCAAUGGCUCAACGCGCAAAGGUUGAGCGAAACGGAUAAUACAACAGCGAUAGACGAUUCCAACGGAACUAUGGCGGAGGAACCAAGGAAGAACCCGGCGCCAUUUUGUGAACGCAUCAAGGGAGACCCGCUUCGCACAGAAUGUUCCCCUCGACGGAAUGCUGUGGUGCUAUGCAACCUAGUCCGCCAUGACACCAUACUGCCUAGGCAGUAUCAGCAUUUCGACAUUUUGCCUAACGUACCGGCCGGGGAGGAAGCGCGGUACGGCGGCUCGGUGUCCCUGGCUGAUUACUGCCCGUACCUGCAAGAGUUCACGUGGCGACACAAAAACGUGCUCAUCCGAGGCAGCCGCUGCUCUUACGAAGAGAAUACUCCGAACAGUGAAGUAAACUUUGCGCUAGAGAACUACGGGCCGCACUCAAAGUGUUUCGAUCACAGCGAUCGGGUUUGGGAACAGAAGUCCUGUAGACAAAUAAGAGAAUGGCAACACUGGGGAUCAGGGUGCUACAAGUAUAAAUGUGAAAGCGGACGAAUACAUGUUGUGGUGGGCAAUUACACAUAUACAUGUUACUUCGCUGGGCAAGUGUUGCAAGUGAGGAUAAUUCAAAAUGGCUGGCUACACCGUGGAGGAGUUGUGUGCCCGCCGUGCAGGGAGAUGUGUGGCGAGGAGUUCGCUUCGCGAGAGGAAUACUGCAAAGGUGGUGAAGAAGCACCUCCUCCGAAUCUAUAUCCAAACGACAUUCUAGUGUGCGCAGCUGUUAAACCGAUCUCAGCUACUGUGUUGCUGCUAGCGGCCAUCUUGUUUUCUCUCAUGAAUUGUAUGUGAUGGCGCGAAAACUUUGACAGUUAUGUGUUUUUUAAUCUGUGAAGAGACUAUUUUUUUAAUAUAUGUAAAUUACUACUACUACUGUAAAUUGCUACGGCUAUAUACGGAACAAAAUCAGAGUAAAAUGAACCAAAAGAAUAUUGUUUUAAAGUCGUUUUUUCAGCACUACCGAUUUUUGUUUACGACGUUCUCACUUAGGUUGCUGACAUCCACCAUGUUUAGAUGAAUUCCAACCUUAAAUAAACUCCUUUAAGUUCAUUUUACUCUGACUUUACCAUUGUUUCUAUGUUAGAUGAUUUAAAGUCGACUCUAUUGUAUCCAAACAACGGGUUAAUGUGCGCAGCUGUUAAACCGAUCUCAGAUACCGUGUUGCUGCUAGCGGCCAUCUUGUUUUCCCUCACAAACCAGAUGGCGCGAAAACUUAGUAUACAGUUACAGUACACUUAGU